CAACAGUUUACAUGUGCGCUCUUCAUUGACAGAACCUCCACAUCUCUGAGCUGGCAGUAUGUAAAUGGAGAAACACCCACUUAUGUAAUUGUUCCAAUAUUCUCCGUGAGGACUAGGCCUACUGUUUACUUUGGUACUGUUUGAUCAGCCAUGUCAACACAAGAAAAUGAAUUUCCAGACUGCCAGGAGAGGGUAGGUUUGAAGAGAAAACUGACGGGUCCACCAAGACUUCUGCUGGGAAAGUCCAAAUCGAGGGAGAAAUCAGACAGGAAAUCUCAGAGAAGGCAAAGACGAGGUAUAUGUUUUGAUGAUACACCAGAUAAUAAUGAUCUACAGCAACAAGACAAUAAUGGCAAAGGUGAUGAAUCGUCACAUAUUACCCACCACAGUCCUCAAGAAGCCUCAGAGGAAAAGGAAACGCAGCGAGAUGUUCAAGGAGAGACCUUAGGAAUUGGUAUCACAUUGGAGAAGAAUGAAGGCAAAGAAGAAAAUGUGGAAAAUAAAACUGGAAUGACUAGGAGCACUUCGAAAACAACCAUUAAAAGGACAUUUUCCUCACUCCUCAGGUGUGGUGUCAGAAAGAGGAAGAAAUCUCACAUUAGUUAUGCAGAGGACAGAGUAGAGAACAAGAUUGUGAGUCCACAAGAAACAAAGAAAAACAGCCAUGCCAGAAAAAAAGCUCAAGACAACAUGGGUAGCUCCAUGCACGAGAAUAAAUUGUGUGAAGCAAACAGUAAGGAAGCUAAUGGAAAAGGUAAAAGGAAGGUUUUCUUCACAGUGUGGCCCAGUUGUAAGAGAUCUUCUGUCACAUCCAGUGUCAAUCUGGAAAGGGGGUGUGAAGAGCAAGAUGAUAACAUGGUUUUUCAGGAGAUAAUGUCACCAAAAGGUUUGCCAUUUAAAAAGCUCUACCACAUAUUUCCAAGAAGGAAGAAAGCACAGCCUCCUGUUAAUCAAUUUGAGUGUAGUGCUCCUAAGACGUCUCAAAAUAAAGAAGUAGGGGAUCAGUUGAAUCAAUUAAGUACUGAUGUUAUGGACAUUCCCAUUACUCAUAAUGAAGAGUACCAAAAAGAAGAACAAGUAAUCAAGGAAAGUUGUGCAGAGACAUUUACAUUCAGUGCAGAGGUGAGCAUUAACACAAAUAUUGGGUCAUCCAACAUCAAUGACAAGCUAGAAAUCUGUCCUGACCAAGAUGAGAGCAAGAUUGUCCUCUCAACCAUGAAUGAAAAACAACAUCAGCUGUUAGAGUCAACAACUGAGGUUUCACAAACUUGUGGUCUUUUGGAUUGCAGUAGCGGUAACUUUGACUCUGAAUUGCCUGGCACAUCAUCAUGUAUUGCUGGUAAUGAUAUGCUAACCUUAAAUAAUACAGACCAAGAAAAGCCUAUUGAAAAUGAUAUGAAAUGCAGACCAGUGAUUACUAUAGAGCGUACAUACUCAUUGGAGGAAGAGAACCUGGAAGCCAGUGUGAAUGAGGCACUGCAGUUUGAUGUUCUCUCAAGGGGUCUUACAAUGAAUGGAUCCUGGCAACAUCUGCAAAUAAACAGCAUAACAAACAACACAUUACAUCCUUCAGAUCUAAGUGUAUACUCUGAAAUAGACCAUAGCCAACGUAAUGAGACCUUGCUGAUUCAGACAGCAAUUUCAAUGGUUCAAGCAGCCAUCCGUGGUGCUCUGGAACAGCUUACAAUCGAACAGCAGCAUAAUCAGAUAAGUUUGGACCAUGCAUAACCACACUUCUGCACAAAUGCACACAUUUAAUCCCUUAUUUAGCAAAUGGUUUCCUAUUCCUCUUAGUUGUUGUAUAAAAUCUGGAAAUAACAGAUGAAUGUAGAGAAACAAAUGGAGAUAGGUAUCCUGUGACUUAAUGUAAGAUGAUCUCUGUGUAUAACAUAUUAGUGACAUUUAAAAUGAUUAAAUUAUUGAUGUCAGAUAAUGCAAUUUUGUUGUAAAGUAAAAUAUUUAGUAAAUGUAUAAAGUUUUCUUGCAUGUCUAUAUCCUCUCAAAUGAGGAAUAUCAAAUAAUCAGUACUACAGUCUCAAAUCCUCAGAAAGCCCACUGUAAUUUGAGAUUUUUUACAUAUAACAUUUGUUCAAAAGUUAAAUUACUGUUUGUUUGCACAUUUUAUUUAACGUUACAUGUUACUGUUCAUAUUUUAUAUUGCAACACUAUCUCUCAUGUCACUGAAUUGUAAGUCUAUUUUCUAUAACAAUGAAUAUCCCACACAUGACUCCAAGAAGGCAUAGAGCCACAUGCUUGUGGUAUAAUUAUUUAUUUAUUUUGUCUCUAAAAAAAUGACUGUUUAAAUGUUUUGUAAAACUCUUUAAAAUUAAUGGUUACCUUUUUGUAAUGAGCAGCAUGUGCUCUAUUGUAAUGGUCACUGCCUCCCAUUGGCAUUAAAAUGAAAAUUCUGUCAUCAUUCACUCACCCUCAUGUUGCUUCAACCCCAUAUGACUUUCUCUCUUCCGUGGAACACAAAAGUUGUUUGACAAAAUGUAAGCAUCAGUCACCAUUCCCUUUUAUUGCCUGUUUUUUACAUACAAUGAAAGUGAAUGGUAACUGAGGCUGCCAGUCACUCACAUUUUUCCCUUUGUGUUUCAUGUAUGACAGAAAGUCAUACUGGUCUGGAACAACAUGAGGGUGAGUAAAUGAUUACAGUGUUUUCAUUUUUGGGUGAACUGUAACCCUUUAACCUUAGACCACACAUAUGUGGGUCAAAAAUCACAUGGCAGUCUACUUUUUGACUGUAAUUUUUACAUGAAGUGGUCUUUUGAUCUGCUACUCCAGGUAUUCAUCAAUUCAGGUGUUUUUGACCAUGUGUACUGAAGUUUUUAACAUCUAGUUGAAUAUUUUUUUUACAUUUUAAGGCUGCACUACAUAACUGUGUGCUCUCUAGCAACAUUUGUGGUUGAAACUUAAAAUUGCACACAAUUUGUGGAAGAACACUUUAUGUCAGUCGUGUUUCGGCACUGCUCUUCUGGCGGAUGAAUGUCAUGAUUUAAGCUUACCUGGACAUCGCCUGUGUGUGAUCAUGACUGGGAGAUAUUCAGAGCCAGAGUCAUAAUGUGUAUUUUUAUGUUGAUAUUAUGUUAUACAAUUAAACAUUUAAAACUGAAAUAUUACUUGCUUUGAUGAAGAUAAACAACACUCAUAUUUACAUAUUUUGGAUGAAUUAAUUUUACACUUAUAGCGCUUUUCUGACACUACACUCAAAGCCCUUUUACAUUGAGAACAGGGGACUCAAUCACCUCAAUCACUACCAGUAUGUUUUAAUAUGAUUUUUCAAGUGUUUUAUCUACUAUUAAUGCUUGUAUUGUGCUAAACUUAUCAAUUUAAGAGGUGAAAGUUGUGAUAUGGCUGAUACGAGUUCAAUGGAAGAAUUUAUUAUAUUGUACAGUCUCAAUUGAUAAAGCAAGUGAUCCAUAAUACUACAAUAGUAUGUCCAUUUAAUGCACACCAUAAUUCUGUAAACUAAAAACAUAAAACGAGGAUUCAAUAAUGAUCUGGAUAAAAUAUACUUUAUUAAACAUGAAAAUAAUAUGCUUAUAUAUGCAAUAUAACAAUUACAAGAAGUCAAUUUCAGAAGUCAUACAUAUUAGUAAACAUUUCACAGUAACUUCCCCUGACAACAUAGAUACAUUGCGAUGAUCGGUUAACACACAUGUAAUGUUCAAUUCAUCCAAGUAUGACAAGCAAUAUUAGCUUCAAAAACCCUACCAGACAACAUAUCCAAGCAAUAUAGCUGGUAAACAUCUUCGCUAAAUGGAUAACGAAUAAACAUCCAUUCAGAUUGCUGCGAUGCUGUCCUGAACUCUGUGAGUGUGAUUGACUGAACUGAACGUACUUUCUCCAGCCAGAACAUGAGGCAGACAGUUCUUCUGUCCUGUGUUUAUGGACAUGAUGUAAUGACACAAGGAUGUACAGCAAAAUCCAGCGAUUUCCGACCCAACAGCUCAAAAUACACAUCAUUUUUAUAGGCUUACCGUAGUGAGUCGGGGUAAGGAAAGGACAUUGUUUUGAACACUGACUGUUUAUGUACUCAAUCAAUAAUGGUAAUUUGUUAAUGUUUAACCAAAAAUCUUACGUAGUGCAGCUUUAAGAGAAUUUGCAUCACUAUCACUGUGUAUGUAUGAAUAUGUGGGUCCUAUAUGUUUGCUAUGGUGUUUAAUGCAUUUAACACUGGUAUUACUUGUAAUACAUUUAUUGUUUUCAGUUUCCAUUUGUUAUGUAAUUAAAUAUAUGUUAAAUAUCA